CGCAGUAUAUAAGGCGGUGAUGUCAUUAGGCUAAACCUCCGAGUGCAGGAAGAGUUAUGUCACACGCACAGCACUGUGAUGCCAUUGGUGAUAUAAUGUGACUAUAAAGUGCCGUGAUGUCACUGGUGAUGUCACGUAACUAUAAAGCACUGUGUUUUCAUUGGUGAUGUCAUUGGCGGUGUCUUGUGACUAUAAAGUGCCGUGAUGCCGUUGGUGAUCUAAUGUGACUAUAAAGAGCCGUGAGUGAUGUCAUUGGGGAUGUCAUGUGGCUACAGCUCUGAGAUGACAUCGGGGAUUUCAAUAGUGAGGUCAUGUGACUAAUGCUCUGUGAUGUCAUUGGGGAGGUCAUGUGACUGAUGCUCUGUGAUGUCAUUGGGGGAGGUCAUGUGACUGAUGCUCUGAUGUCAUUGGGGAGGUCAUGUGAUUCUAAAGCUCUGUGGUGUCAUUGGGGAGGUCAUGUGAUUCUAAAGCUCUGUGGUGUCAUUGGGGACAUCAUGUGAUUCUAAAGCUCUGUGGUGUCAUUGGGGACAUCAUGUGAUUCUAAAGCUCUGUGGUGUCAUUGGGGAUGUCAUGUGACUGUAAUGCUCUGUGGUGUCAUUGGACUGCCCGGUCCCUCUAGUGUCCAGGAUGGCCCUGUUCCCCACCUCUCUGUCGGAGGAAGAGGAGUCCCUCCAGAAGAAGUACGCCAAGCUGAAGAAGAAGAAAAAGGCCCUCCUGGCCCUCAAGAAGCAGAGCUCCAGCAGCCAGACCAGCCAGGGCGGACUGAAGCGCACCCUGUCCGACCAGCCGGUGGUGGACACGGCCACGGCGACGGAGCAGGCCAAGAUGCUGGUGAAGUCGGGGGCCAUCAGCGCCAUCAAGUCCGAGAACAAGAACUCCGGGUUCAAGCGCUCCAGGACGCUGGAAGGCAAGCUCAAGGAUCCGGAGAAGGGGCCUGUCCCCGCCUUCCUUCCCUUCCAGAGGAGCAUGUCCACAGACGAGGAGAUGCUGGAGGUACGUGUGGACUCGUGGAAUGAGAGACCCGUGGACUGUGAGCCAGUGAGCCAGUGAGCCAGGAAAGACAGGAGAGACAGAGAGACAUGUGGACUG